CACAGAGAGACGUGGACCGUCGCGAGCAGAGGAGAGGAUGAAGCUAACCACUGUCCUGCUGGUGUUUGGAGUCGUGCUGAGCGUCUGUCAGGCUCAGUCGGACACCGGAGGCGAGGAAACCGGUGGCGAGGAGGAACAUGUGGAGCUCUUCACCACACCGACGGCUAAGAUGGCCGCCGCCACCUCGGACUUCGGCUACAACCUGUUCCGUGCUCUGGCGAGCCGCGAGGCUGCGACCAACAUCUUCCUGGCCCCCAUCAGUGUGUCUGCGGCGCUGACUCAGCUGUCCAUGGGAGGGUCUGAGCGUGCUGAACAGCAGCUGUUCAGGGCUCUAAGGUACCACACCCUGCAGGAUCCUCAGCUCCACACCACCCUGAAAAACCUGCUGGCUUCAGUCAGGACGCCUGGAAAAGGCCUGAGCACCGCCGCACGCAUCUACCUGGCACGACGACUUCGUCUGAAGCAGGACUUCUUCGGGCUCGUGGAGCAGCAGUAUGGCAUUCGUCCCAAGGCCCUGCAGGGAGGAACCAAAGAUGUGAAAGAAAUCAACGACUGGGUGACUCAGGAGACGGGCGGGAAGGUGCAGCGCCUCCUGACCAAAGCCCUCUCCCGAAACGCUGGAGUGAACGCCGUGAGCGCCGCUUACUUUAAAGGGAAGUGGGUGACUCGGUUCGGUCAGAAUGGAGUAAUGGAGAACUUCCAGGUGGACGGCGGGGUACCUGUGCGUGUUUCCAUGAUGAAACAGGAUAACUACCCUGUGAAGAUGGGAGCCGACUCGGAUUUGAGCUGCACGAUCGCUCAGAUCCAGAUGCAGGACGACAUCAGCAUGUUCAUCUUCCUGCCGGAUGAAGUGACCGCCAACAUGACCCUGCUGGAGGAGAGUCUGACUGCUGAGUUCGUCCAGGACCUCUCCAUGACGCUCCUCCCUACCCAGGUGUCCCUCUCUCUGCCCACCCUGAGGCUCAGCUACUCCUCAGACCUGCUGCCGCUGCUCAGCGACCUGGGUCUCUCUGAAUGGCUAGACAACCCGGACCUGGAGAAGAUCUCAGCUCAGGCCGCCAAGCUCGUCAGCCUCAAUCACAAAGUUGUCAUGGAGACGGCGCCCGAGGGGAACCAGUACCCCAGCGCCACCUCGGCAGCCAGUCACCUGUCAUACACAGUGGACCGCCCCUUCCUCUACCUGAUCCGGGACGAAGCGUCAGGGGCGCUGCUCUUCAUCGGCAGGGUGGUCAACCCCAAGGACCUGAGGAUAUAA